AUGGUGCCCCGCAACAUAAUCAACUCAUUGCUGCACUGGGGCGUUUUGUUACAUUCUGGGUUACUUUUAAUCCCCAUUCCGCAUCACCAGACGCCAUCUGAGACCAUUGCACGCGACCUCAUCGCCAAGAUAGAGAAUCACGAAGGUCUCAAGAACUUUGACUCCAUCCUAGCUGAGUCGGAUGGUAUUCUGGUGGGCAGGGGCCACAUGGGCGUGGAAAUCCCCCCGGAGAAGAUGUUUCUGGCGCAGAAGAUGAUGCUCGCCAAAUGCAAUCUGGCGGGCAAGCCCUCCAUAUGCGCCACGCAGAUGUUUGAGAGCAUGACCAAAAACCCUAGACCCACGCGCGCCGAAGUCAGCGACGUGGCCAACGCGGUUUUAGACGGCGCGGAUUGUGUCAUGCUGAGUGGCGAGAUCUCGCGGGGGAAGUACCACGUGUCGGCUGUGGCUAUGAUGCACAGAGUGUGCACGGAGGCGGAGAGUGCCAUGUUCUACCGACCACUCUUCAACGAACUUAUGGAUUAUACAAGGAAACGUAUUCGUGACACUGAGGAGACCGUUGCCAUUGCGGCGGUGAAUGCGGCGUAUUCGCAGUCAGCUGCUGCCAUUAUUUGUCUGACCAGCAGUGGGCGGACGGCAGCCUACGUAUCCAAAUAUAGACCCGAGUGCCCUGUGCUCACUCCGACGAGACAUGAGCGCGUGACGCGACAACUGCACUUGUACAGAUCUAUCUUCCCCAUGAGAUAUCCACAUCCAAAGUCCGAAGUAUUUCAGGACGAAAUCGACUCUACUAUCCACUGGUGUAUAUCCGAGGCGAAGGGUGCGGGUUAUCUUCGGGCUAACGACACCGUGAUUGCGAUACAAGGAUGGAGAGACGGAGUGGGCCACACAAACACAAUCCGAAUCCUCAUCUGCAGCUAAGCUAAGCCCCUCACAAACACAAUCCGAAUCCUCAU